AACAGACUUUGCAGUCCAAAGUUCGACGAGAAUUCUUCUUUGCUAGUUUCACAUAACAAAGGCUGGACGAACUCAUUGACCUUGGUACAGUACGCUCGUAUAAAAACACUGUACAUAACCUCCACUACGCCCAACCAGGGCUGAAGGGUAUAGAAACACAAUGCGAUAAUAAUCAGUAAGCAUCAUAUUUCAUCAUGUACCAGUUGGUCCACCGGGUUCAAUCGCCAUGAUUUUUCGACAACUACUUCCCCCUCGCGGCCGGUAACGAGGCAAUAUCCGGUUAACUGGUCACAUGGGUUUGCUGUCAGGGGCCACUAAUUCACUAUAAGAGUUCCGGGGCUUUCCCUUGUACGAUAUUGUCGCAACACAAUAGCUCCUCCAUCGCAACCGGUACGGCACCACUCGGCAAGCACUCCCCAAUAAUCAAAAUGGAGACCGACGACGAAGCCCAAAUGGAGGGUUAUCUGCAGAAGCGUUUCAGGAGUGGAAUGGUGAAGACCUUGAAAAAGAAAUGGUGCGUGCUGAAAGAUGGAGAGAUACGAUGGUAUCAAAACAAGGAGGUCAGUCACCAAAACGCCGAGAUGUAUCAGGAUAUCCUGCCAGUAAGCCGAGUGCAGACCGUGCGCUCUGCCGACAACCAUGGGGUUGAGGUGGUCACCCAGCAGCAUAUCUACAUAUUGGUGGCAUCGUGUGAGGAGGACCAGAAGAAAUGGAUCAAGGCGAUAUACGAGGCAAUGAAGGACAAAAGACCCCGAUCGGUGUCCAACCCGGAGGAGGGAAGCAAGGACGCAGAUGUUAAAAGGAAAAGGUCAUCGACGGGGCCGAAGGUCAGCAUCAGUCGAAUCCUCACCGGAUUUCAUAGGAAGUCAACGACUGACAACCAGCCCGGACAAGGCCAGGCUCAGUUUUACUUGGAACAUCAAUCACAGCAGCCUUCGUUUGCUGAGAUCGGCGUCCAGGCUGAUGUACAGAAAGCUCCAAAGUGUACGAGGGUCGAGGAAGGAGAGGAAGGGGAGCCGGAGGAGGAAGUCCUUGCUGACGAUGUCUUGGAGAGGCAAGACGCAACUUCUCAGCCUUCAGCAUCCGUCUCUCCACAGCAAAAGACAGACGGUGACAAAUCAGUAAAGGGAGAGCGUUCUAGUUCUACCAACAUGGACCAAGAAAGCAGCCUGCAUCUUGGCAGCGACCUCCUGCCUGAUGAUGCAAGGGUCUCCGGGAAUCAUGUUCAGUCCGGGAGUGAUUCCGAGGAGGAGGUUUCACCAGAGGCCCCCCUGGACAGUGGUGAUCCGAAGCAGGAAGACGGGAUGCACGAGCUGGAGCUGAUGCUUCGAAAGUCAGUUUCAAGUGAGAACGGAUACGAGAACAGCAAGGAGGUGUUUGGCAGUGACGUCGAUGAUGAUGUUGAUGAUGAUGAUGAUGGGGAUGUUGGGGAUGAUAAAGAUGACGAAGAUCUAGAAGAUUAUGACAUUGAUGAUGAGACUCCGGAUGGAAACUUAAAUAAGAAACAAGAUGGGAUAUCCGCCUUUGAGCAACUAGAAGCCUUGCUUCAAAAUUUCUGAACUGUCACUCGAUUAACGGAAAAAGGAAGAUAAAAUAAUAAAAAUACACCUGUAUACCUUAUACAGGGUGAG